UGGUGUUCGCCCGCUCUAAAUUCCGUCCGGCGCUCGCGCGGCCCGGACUCUUUCAAAUAAUCCUAUUUUAAUAUAGGAAAUAAUAUCCGAAAUUCGACUGGAAAGGCCACCUUUGUGUUAAUUGAAAACGUGUUGUGAAAAUGUGUGAACAGUGCAUACAACGAUAAUUUAUGGAUGUAUGAUAUUUCUUGAUAUGCACAACGAGAGUAAUGACAAAUAAUUACACAUAAUUUGACACUCGAGUGACAAAAGAAACCAAAAUGGCGGAAGCUGAGGGAGGAGCGAGUGAGCAGGAUGAUGUUUCAUUCUUACGAACGGAAGACAUGGUCUGCCUGUCUUGCACGGCGACCGGGGAGCGCGUGUGCCUCGCAGCUGAAGGAUUCGGUAACAGGCACUGCUUCCUUGAAAACAUCGCCGAUAAGAACAUACCGCCUGAUCUUUCGCAGUGCGUGUUUGUUAUCGAACAGGCUUUGUCAGUAAGAGCUCUACAAGAACUCGUCACAGCGGCGGGCUCGGAAACUGGUAAAGGCACUGGUUCUGGCCAUAGAACUCUUCUUUACGGAAAUGCUAUUCUUUUACGGCAUCUCAACAGUGAUAUGUAUUUGGCCUGUCUAUCAACAUCAUCGUCUCAAGAUAAAUUAGCUUUCGAUGUAGGUCUUCAAGAACAUUCUCAUGGUGAGGCCUGCUGGUGGACGCUACAUCCUGCUAGCAAGCAAAGAUCUGAGGGUGAAAAAGUUCGAGUUGGUGACGAUUUGAUUCUCGUAUCAGUUGCUACUGAAAGAUAUUUGCACACGACGAAAGAGAACGAGGUGUCGAUAGUGAACGCGUCGUUCCACGUGACGCACUGGUCGGUGCAGCCGUACGGCACCGGCAUCUCGCGCAUGAAGUACGUCGGCUACGUGUUCGGGGGGGACGUCCUGCGGUUCUUCCAUGGGGGGGACGAGUGCCUCACCAUACCCAGCUCCUGGACCAAGGAGGGCGGGCAGAACAUUGUAGUAUACGAAGGGGGGUCAGUGAUGUCACAAGCCAGAUCGCUAUGGCGUCUAGAAUUGGCUCGUACAAAGUGGGCUGGUGGUUUCAUCAACUGGUACCACCCCAUGAGGAUCAGACACAUCACUACUGGACGGUACCUUGGAGUUAAUGACCAGAACGAGCUAUAUUUAGUUAGCAGGGACGAAGCAACAACAGCUUCCUGCGCGUUUUGCCUUCGACAAGAGAAAGAUGAUCAGAAGGUAGUCCUAGAAGACAAGGACUUAGAAGUAAUUGGAGCACCCAUCAUCAAAUACGGUGACUCUACUGUGAUCGUACAGCAUUCUGAGACUGGACUUUGGUUGUCUUAUAAGUCAUAUGAAACAAAGAAAAAAGGCGUUGGUAAGGUAGAAGAGAAACAAGCCAUCCUACAUGAAGAAGGUAAAAUGGACGACGGUCUAGACUUUUCCAGAUCUCAAGAAGAGGAAUCUAGAACUGCGAGAGUUAUAAGGAAAUGUUCUUCGUUGUUUACUAAAUUUAUUAAUGGCCUUGAAACAUUACAAGAAAACCGACGCCACUCAAUGUUCUUCGCGUCCGUCAAUUUAGGAGAGAUGGUGAUGUGUUUGGAAGAUUUGAUCAACUACUUCGCACAGCCUGAUGAAGACAUGGAGCACGAAGAAAAACAAAACAAGAUUCGCGCUCUCCGCAAUCGCCAGGACCUAUUCCAGGAGGAAGGUAUCCUCAACCUGAUCCUGGAGGCCAUCGACAAGAUCAACGUCAUCACCUCACAGGGCUUCCUCGCUGGAUUCCUCGCGGGCGAUGAGUCUGGACAGAGCUGGGAAAUGAUAUCUGCCUACCUGUAUCAGUUACUGGCGGCCAUCAUAAAGGGUAAUCACACGAACUGCGCCCAAUUUGCCAAUUCGAACCGUCUGAACUGGCUCUUCUCCCGACUGGGAUCACAAGCAUCUGGUGAAGGGACAGGGAUGCUGGAUGUACUGCACUGUGUGCUUAUUGACUCGCCCGAGGCUUUGAAUAUGAUGAGGGACGAGCACAUAAAGGUGAUAAUCUCGCUGCUGGAGAAGCACGGCCGCGACCCCAAGGUACUGGACGUGCUGUGCUCGCUGUGCGUGGGCAACGGAGUGGCCGUGCGCUCCUCGCAGAACAACAUCUGCGACUACCUGCUGCCGGGCAAGAACCUGCUGCUGCAGACCGCGCUGGUGGACCACGUCUCCAGUGUCCGCCCAAAUAUCUUCGUGGGCCGUGUGGAGGGUUCCGCAGUUUAUCAGAAGUGGUACUUCGAAGUGACGAUGGACCACAUCGAGAAGACCACCCACAUGAUGCCACAUCUCAGAAUCGGGUGGGCUAAUACGAGCGGCUACGUCCCACACCCGGGAGGGGGUGAGAAGUGGGGCGGUAACGGUGUAGGAGACGACCUCUACUCGUACGGUUUCGAUGGAGCGUACCUUUGGUCCGGUGGAAGAAAGACACCAGUCAACAGGACUCAUGCCGAGGAACCUUUUAUUAGGAAAGGUGACGUUAUCGGCUGUGCUCUGGACCUGACGGUUCCUCUCAUCAACUUCAUGUUCAACGGAGCGCGCGUCACCGGUUCUUUCACUAACUUUAACCUCGAGGGCAUGUUCUUUCCCGUCAUCAGCUGCUCCAGCAAGUUAAGUUGCCGCUUCCUCCUUGGUGGUGAACACGGUCGUCUCCGAUACGCGGCUCCUGAAGGAUAUUCACCCCUCGUAGAAUCAUUAUUGCCUCAACAAAUCCUGAAUCUGGAACCUUGUUUCUACUUCGGUAACUUAGCCAAAAGGGCGUUAGCUGGACCGCCUUUAGUGCAAGAUGACACAGCAUUUGUACCGACCCCCGUGGAUACAUUAUCUAUUACACUACCAACCUACAUCGAACAAAUCAGAGACAAACUGGCCGAAAAUAUUCAUGAAAUGUGGGCGAUGAAUAAGAUCGAGGCGGGCUGGAGCUACGGCGCGGCGCGCGACGACGGGCGGCGCGUGCACCCGUGCCUCGUGCCCUUCGAGCGCCUGCCGCCCGCCGAGCGGCGCUACGACGUGCAGCUGGCCGUGCAGACGCUCAAAACAAUUCUCGCUUUGGGCUACUACAUUAGCUUGGAUAAGCCUCCAGCGCGUAUUCGUAACGUUCGUCUGCCAAACGAACCAUUCAUGCAAUCAAACGGGUACAAACCAGCUCCUCUAGAUCUGAGCGCUGUCACCCUGACACCGAAGAUGGAUGAGCUGGUGGACCAGCUCGCGGAGAACACCCACAACCUGUGGGCGAGGGAGAGGAUCCAGCAGGGGUGGACGUAUGGGCUCAAUGAGGAUUCAGAUAUGCACAGAUCACCACAUCUCGUACCGUAUCCAAAAGUCGAUGACGCGAUCAAAAAAGCCAACCGCGACACGGCGUCCGAAACUGUCAGAACGCUUCUGGUAUACGGAUACAAUCUCGACCCACCGACUGGUGAACAUCAAGAAGCCUUAUUAGCUGAAGCAUCGAAACAGAAGCAAGCAGACUUCAGAACAUACAGAGCUGAGAAGAACUAUGCUGUUAGUUCUGGAAAAUGGUAUUUUGAAUUCGAAAUCCUCACCGCUGGCCCCAUGAGGGUUGGUUGGGCUCACGCAGACAUGGCGCCCGGUAUGAUGUUAGGACAAGAUGAAAAUUCUUGGGCAUUUGACGGCUACAAUGAGGAAAAAGUGUUCUCCGGUAGUACGGAGUCGUUUGGCAAGCAAUGGGCGGUGGGGGACGUUGUAGGAGUUUUCCUUGAUCUCAUUGACAAGACGAUAAGUUUCUCCCUAAACGGAGAAUUAUUGAUGGACGCUCUGGGCGGGGAGACGACAUUUGCUGAUGUUCAGGGAGACAACUUCGUGCCAGCUUGUACUCUUGGAGUUGGACAAAAAGCUAGGCUUUCGUACGGUCAAGAUGUAAAUUCUCUUAAAUACUUCACGACGUGUGGUCUUCAAGAAGGAUAUGAGCCGUUCUGUGUGAAUAUGAAUCGUGACGUCACACACUGGUAUACGAAGGACCAACCGAUAUUCGAAAAUACGGAUGAAAUGGCUGACACUAGAAUUGAUGUUACCAGGAUACCAGCUGGGUCUGAAACCCCUCCAUGUCUCAAAAUAUCACACAAUACAUUUGAGACAAUGGAAAAAGCUAACUGGGAAUUUCUUCGUCUGUCUUUGCCAGUUAUCUGCCAAGCAGAAUUUAUUGAUGAAAACGAGAAAGCCCGUCGUUGGGUAGAAAUAAAGGAACGCCAACAGAUCCUGAUGAAGGAAGCCACGGAGGCUCAGAUGCCGGCGCACAUCGACCAGAUCAUGAGGAGCGGGUUCACCAUGAACGAUAUUAAGGGUCUGCACCUUGAUGAGAAUCAAGAAGAAAUGCCGACUUCAAAGACCAAAAAACAACCCUCACGACCCCCAAGGAAAACUUCCAUCCCCCGCGGGGUUACGAUACAGGAUUACAAUUUUCAACCAGGGACAGCAAAUGGUAUGCCACGGUCUACAAGUGAAGCUGAAAUGGCCAAAUAUGAACUCGGUGUUCAGAAUCUACCCGAUGAUAAGAAAGCUGAUAAGAGAGGAAGAUCUCCAUUCAAAUUCUUCAGAAGUAAGCGUGCAGAAAGCGGCGAACGAACGAAAUCACGUAAAUCAAAAACACCAGAUCCUUUCAGUGACACUGAAGUAUCUCCCGAGAGGGGGCCGAGGCGACCCAACCCACAGAUAAGAAUAUCUCAAGCGAACCAAAGAUAUAAUAACAUGCAAGCUAGACCCAGUAGACCCAACUUAUAUGGAAGUCAGACAGGCUUGAAUACCAAUCUCACGGUAGCAACUCCCCCACAAGAGCGUAAACAAAUGACCACUGGGGCGCUGUCGGCCGCCGCCACUGAGACCAUCGGCAAUGAGAUCUUUGACGCGGACUGCUUGAAGCUCAUCAAUGAGUACUUCUACGGUGUUAGGAUUUUUCCCGGUCAAGAUCCAACUCACGUGUACAUUGGCUGGGUGACUACCCAGUACCACUUGCACUCGAAGGAUUUCAACCAGAACAAAGUGACCAAAUCAUCCGUCAUCAUCACCGACGAUUACGAUCGUGUUAUUGAAAGCGUAAACCGCCAGUCGUGCUACAUGGUACGCGCGGAUGAGUUGUACAACGAAGUGAUGGCGGAGGCGACGGCGAAGGGCGCCUCGCAGGGAAUGUUCAUCGGUUGUUCCGUGGACACGUCCACCGGCACCGUGGCCUUCACCUGCGAGGGCAAGGACACCAGCAUCAAGUUCAAGAUGGAACCGGAAACAAAACUCUUCCCAGCAAUAUUCGUAGAGGCGACGUCAAGGGAAAUCCUCCAGAUCGAACUGGGCCGCUCGUCCACCAGCCUACCUCUGAGCGCCGCGGUGCUGCCCACUAGCGACAAACACGUCAACCCGCAGUUCCCGCCGCGGUUGAAAGUGCAGUGCUUGAAACCUCACCAGUGGGCUAGGGUACCAAACCAAUCGCUGCAAGUUCACGCUCUGAAGCUGUCUGACAUCCGCGGGUGGUCCAUGUUGUGUGAGGACGCGGUCUCCAUGCUGGCUCUACACAUACCUGAGGAAGAUCGUUGUAUAGAUAUCCUGGAAUCCAUAGAAAUGGAUAAAUUACUGAGUUUCCACUCGCACACCCUCACACUGUAUGCAGCGCUAUGUUAUCAGAGCAAUUACAGGGCGGCGCACGCGCUGUGCCGCCACGUGGACCAGAAGCAGCUGCUGUACGCGAUCCAGUCGCAGUACAUGUCGGGCCCGCUGCGCCAGGGCUUCUACGACCUGCUCAUCGCGCUGCACCUGGAGAGCCACGCCACCACCAUGGAAGCGUGUAAAAAUGAAUUCGUAAUACCACUCGGACCAGAACUGAAAGGGCUCUACGAAGACCCAGAGAUGGGACACAGUCUCAGGUCGCUGCAAACGGAGAGCGUUAGACCCCAAAUGAAGAUGACUGACAUCGCCGAGAGCAUCACGGAGAUCAGCAACCUGUACUCGCCGCACUUCCCGCUGGAGGUGGUGCGCGAGUUCGUGAUGGCGGCGCUGGCGGACGCCGUGCUGGCCAACCAGGUGCACAACCGCGACCCCGUGGGCGGCAGCAACGAGAACCUCUUCCUACCGCUGAUCAAACUUGUCGAUCGUCUUCUCCUCGUGGGUAUGAUGAGGGACGAAGAUGUUGAGAAGCUACUCAUCAUGAUCAACCCUGAGACUUGGGACCCGACGUUUGAUAAAGAAGGUAAAGACGAACAUCGCAAAGGUCUCCUGCACAUGAAAAUGGCGGAAGGUGCCAAGUUACAAAUGUGUUACUUAUUGCAACAUCUCAACGACAUCCAGUUGAGGCACAGAGUGGAGUACAUCAUCGCUUUUGCACAUGACUUUGUUGGCGACCUGCAAUCUGAUCAACUUAGACGUUACACAGAAAUCAAACAGUCAGAUCUACCGAGCGCAGUCGCUGCCAAGAAAACGAAGGAGUUCCGCUGUCCGCCGCGAGAACAGAUGAACGCUAUUCUAAGUUUCAAGCACUUGGAAGACGACGACCCAGAAAACUGCCCCUGCGGCGAGGAGCUGGUCUCCUGCAUGAACGAGUUCCACGAGAGCCUCAUGACGCACGUCUCUCUCAGCGCUCUGCAAGAACCUGAUGGAGAUGAGUCAACGGAACCACAAACGAAACCUGGACCGAUUGGGAAACUUUACAAUAUUAUUAACACUGUCAAAGAAUUAGAAGAGGAACCCAAGGCAAUCGUAGAACCGCCAAAGAAGUCUCCAGAAGAAAAAUUCAGGAAAGUUCUAAUUCAGACUAUUGUGAGUUGGGCGGAGGAGUCACAAAUCGAAACACCGAAACUUGUCAGAGAAAUGUUCAGUCUACUGGUCCGGCAGUACGACGCAGUAGGCGAACUAAUCCGUGCUUUGGAGAAGACGUACGUCAUCAACGCGAAGACCAAACUGGACGUGGCCGAGAUGUGGGUCGGCCUCAGCCAGAUCCGGGCGCUGCUGCCCGUGCAGAUGAGCCAGGAGGAGGAAGAGCUCAUGCGGAAGAGGCUCUGGAAACUGGUGAACAAUCACACAUUCUUCCAGCAUCCAGAUCUGAUCAGGGUGCUCCGCGUGCACGAGAACGUGAUGGCGGUGAUGAUGAACACGCUCGGGCGCCGCGCGCAGGCGCAGUCCGACGCGCCCGCCGCCGCGCCGCCGGCGCCGGACGACAAGGAGAAGGACACGUCACACGAAAUGGUCGUAGCUUGCUGUCGAUUUCUCUGCUACUUCUGUCGUACCGGUCGACAGAACCAGAAGGCCAUGUUCGACCACUUCGACUUUCUACUUGAAAACUCAAACAUCCUGCUCUCAAGACCUUCGCUCAGAGGCUCUACGCCCCUUGACGUCGCUUAUUCCAGUUUGAUGGAAAAUACAGAACUGGCUCUCGCUUUAAGAGAACAUUACUUGGAGAAGAUAGCGGUAUAUCUGUCCCGUUGUGGUCUUCAAAGCAAUUCAGAGUUGAUAGAGAAAGGCUACCCUGACCUCGGCUGGGAUCCAGUGGAAGGUGAACGUUAUUUGGACUUCCUGAGAUUCUGUGUUUGGGUAAAUGGCGAAAGUGUUGAAGAAAACGCGAACCUCGUUAUCCGUCUUCUAAUCCGAAGACCAGAAUGCUUGGGACCAGCGCUGAGGGGUGAAGGAGAAGGUUUGCUGAAAGCGAUAGUCGAUGCGAACAAAAUGAGUGAGCGAAUAGCUGAUAGACGAAAACUGAGAGAAAUGGAGCAAGAAGGAGAUAUUAACUUCAGCCACCCGCUGCCGCAGUCGGACGACGACGAGGACUACAUCGACACGGGCGCCGCCAUCCUCAACUUCUACUGCACGCUCGUCGACCUGCUGGGCCGCUGCGCGCCCGACGCCGCCGUCAUCGCGCUGGGUAAAAACGAAUCUCUCAGAGCGAGAGCUAUUCUGAGAUCUCUGGUACCAUUAGAAGACUUGCAAGGAGUGCUUAGUCUUCGCUUCACGCUAAACAAUCCCGCUGCAGGCGAAGAAAGACCUAAAUCUGAUAUGCCUUCCGGCCUCAUCCCUGGUCACAAACAGAGCGUGGGUCUCUUCUUGGAGCGCGUGUAUGGCAUUGAAACACAGGAACUGUUCUAUCGGCUGUUGGAAGAAGCUUUUCUGCCUGAUCUGAGAGCAGCCACUAUGUUAGAUAGGAACGACGGUUGCGAGUCCGACAUGGCGUUGUCCAUGAACCGUUACAUCGGCAACUCCAUCUUGCCACUUUUGAUCAAGCACGCUAACUUCUACAACGAAGCCGAAAACUACGCCAGCUUGUUAGAUGCCACACUGCAUACUGUUUACAGGCUGUCGAAGAACCGCAUGCUGACGAAGGGCCAGCGCGAGGCGGUGUCGGACUUCCUGGUGGCGCUGACGGCCGCCAUGCAGCCCUCCAUGCUGCUCAAGCUGCUGCGCAAGCUCACCGUCGACGUGUCGCGCCUCUCCGAGUACACCACCGUCGCGCUAAGGCUGCUGACGCUGCACUACGAGCGCUGCGCCAAGUACUACGGCAGCACGGGCGGCCAGGGCGUGUACGGCGCCUCGUCGGACGAGGAGAAGCGCCUCACCAUGAUGCUGUUCUCCAACAUCUUCGACUCGCUCAGCAAGAUGGACUACGAGCCCGAGCUCUUCGGGAAGGCGUUGCCCUGCCUCAUCGCUAUCGGUUGUGCUCUACCUCCUGACUAUUCGCUUUCGAAGAACUACGACGACGAAUUUUACGGAAAGGAAACACAAGCUACAGGCGCGGACAACCCGCAGUACGACCCGCAGCCCAUCAACACGUCGUCGGUGGCGCUCAACAACGACCUCAACACCAUCGUGCAGAAGUUCUCCGAGCACUACCACGACGCCUGGGCCUCGAGGAAAAUCGAAAAUGGUUGGGUUUACGGAGACUCGUGGUCCGACAGUCAGAAAAGCCACCCGCGUCUCAAACCCUACAACAUGCUUAAUGACUAUGAAAAAGAGCGCUACAAGGAACCAGUGCGCGAGUCGCUAAAAGCUCUGCUGGCCAUCGGCUGGUCCGUCGAGCACUCGGAGGUGGACCUGCCCAGCACCAACCGCAGCUCCAUGCGCCGGCAGUCCAAGAGUGGCAUCACGGAUUCAGCGACGCCCUUCAACUACAACCCCCACCCAGUGGACAUGACCAACUUGACUCUCUCGAGAGAGAUGCAGAACAUGGCGGAGAGGUUAGCAGAAAACGCGCAUGACAUCUGGGCGAAGAAGAAGAAAGAAGAAUUGGUUACUAAUGGAGGUGGAAUUCAUCCUCAAUUAGUCCCAUACGAUCUUCUAACGGAUAAAGAAAAGAAGAAAGAUCGAGAACGUUCUCAGGAAUUCCUGAAAUAUCUCCAAUACCAAGGCUACAAGCUACACAGACCGAAAACAGCGCAAGGAGACACGGAACAGACAACUACUGGCGUAGCGAUAGAACUCAGAUUCGCGUAUUCUUUACUAGAGAAACUGAUUCAGUAUAUAGACAGAGCCACAAUCAACAUGAAACUCCUGAAACCUUCCACUACCUUCAGCAGACGUAGCAGUUUUAAAACAAGUACGAGGGAUAUCAAAUUCUUUUCCAAGGUGGUACUUCCUCUAAUGGAGAAGUACUUCUCCACUCACCGGAACUACUUCAUCGCGGUGGCGACCGCUACCAACAACGUGGGGGCGGCGAGUCUGAAGGAAAAGGAAAUGGUUGCCGCUCUAUUCUGCAAACUGGCUAGUUUGCUAAGAUCCAGGCUAGCGGCCUUCGGUCCAGACGUACGGAUAACGGUCCGCUGUCUCCAAGUCCUAGUGAAGGGCAUCGAUGCGAAGUCCCUCGUGAAGAACUGCCCCGAGUUCAUCCGCACGUCCAUGCUAACCUUUUUCAACAAUGUGGCUGACGACCUUGGACACACCAUCAUGAACUUGAAAGACGGCAAGUACUCGCACCUGCGCGGCACGCACCUGAAAACGUCGACGUCGCUGGGCUACAUCAACGGCGUGCUGCUGCCCGUGCUCACCGCCAUGUUCGACCACCUCGCCAACUGCGAGUACGGCGCCGACCUGCUGCUCGAUGAAAUCCAAGUGGCGUCAUACAAAAUGCUCGGUUCCCUAUACACGCUUGGUACGGACGUCGGUCUCACUCAUGACAGGAAGUAUCUGAAGACCGAAAUAGAAAGACAUAAGCCGGCAUUGGGUUCGUGCUUAGGAGCCUUCAGUUCGACAUUCCCAGUAGCUUUCCUCGAGCCUCAUCUCAACAAACACAAUCAGUUCUCGUUGUUGAACCGCAUCGCCGACCACUCGCUUGAAGCACAAGACAUAAUGGCCAAGAUGGAGCAGUCAAUGCCGACGCUAGAAACGAUCCUGGGCGAAGUGGACCAGUUCGUAGAAUCGGACAAGACGUACGCCGGCGCGCCGCACAUCAUCGACGUAGUGCUGCCGCUGCUGUGCUCCUACCUGCCCUUCUGGUGGGCGCAGGGGCCCGACAACGUCACGCCCACGGCGGGUAACCACGUAACGAUGGUAACGGCGGAACACAUGAACCAAGUCCUGAAGAACGUACUCAAACUCAUCAAGAAGAACAUCGGCAAUGAGAGUGCCCCAUGGAUGACUCGUAUCGCGACUUACACGCAACAGAUUAUCAUCAAUAGUUCCGAAGAACUGCUCAGAGAGUCCUUCCUGCCUCUCGCUGAGAGGGUCCGCAAGAGGACCGACAAUAUGUUCCACAAGGAGGAGAGCUUGAGAGGUUUUAUUAAGUCAUCAACGGACGACACCUCGCAAGUAGAGUCUCAGAUACAAGAAGACUGGCAACUUUUAGUUCGAGAUAUUUACUCGUUCUAUCCCUUGCUUAUAAAGUACGUCGACUUGCAGAGGAACCACUGGUUAAGAAACAAUGUACCAGAGGCGGAAGAGUUAUACAAUCAUGUGGCAGAAAUAUUCAACAUUUGGUCGAAGAGUCAGUACUUCCUGAAAGAAGAACAAAACUUCAUAUCUGCGAAUGAAAUCGACAAUAUGGUGUUGAUAAUGCCUACCGCAACUCGAAGAGUCACCACUGUCGUUGAUGGGACACCGCAAGGCGGUGGAAAGAAAAAGAAAAAGCAUCGUGACAAGAAGAGGGACAAAGACAAGGAGGUCCAAGCGUCGCUCAUGGUCGCUUGUCUGAAGAGACUGUUGCCGGUUGGCCUCAACCUCUUCGCUGGCAGAGAACAGGAGCUUGUUCAACACUGCAAGGAUCGCUUCUUAAAGAAAAUGUCAGAACAAGAUGUUGCCGAAUUUGCCAAAACACAGCUAACAUUGCCAGAUAAGAUCGACCCAGCCGAUGAAAUGUCCUGGCAACACUACCUCUACAGCAAAUUGGGAUCCAAGAGCAAGACUACCGUCACUGUGGAGACUUCCGAAAAUAAGGCAAAAAUCAUCGACGAUACAGUGGAACGCAUUGUAGCAAUGAGCAAAGUGUUGUUCGGUUUGCAUAUGAUCGAUCACCCCCAACAAAUGAGUAAAAACGUGUACCGUUCCGUCGUUUCGAUACAACGUAAACGCGCUGUCAUCGCCUGCUUCAGGCAGACCUCUCUACACUCGUUACCAAGACAUCGAGCGUGUAACAUUUUCGCUCGGACAUACUACGAGCUAUGGCUGGAAGAAGAAAAUAUUGGACAAGAAGUUAUGAUAGAGGAUUUAACGCAAUCGUUCGAGGACGCGGAGCUGAAGAAGAGCGACGUGGUGGAGGAGGAGGGCAAGCCGGACCCGCUGACGCAGCUCGUGACCACGUUCUGCCGCGGGGCCAUGACCGAGCGCUCCGGCGCGCUGCAGGAAGAUCCACUGUACAUGUCCUAUGCGCAUAUAAUUGCAAAGUCCUGUGGAGAAGAAGAGGAAGAGGGAGGAGAGGAAGAAGAGGGGGGUGGAGGGGAGGCUGAGGCGGGCGAGGAUGAAGGCGGAGCUAGUAUACAUGAGCAAGAGAUGGAGAAGCAGAAGCUGCUGUUCCACCAGGCGCGGCUGGCGGCGCGCGGGGUGGCCGAGAUGGUGCUGCUGCACAUCUCCGCCAGCAAGGGCGUGCCCAGCGACAUGGUCAUGAAGACGCUGCAGCUCGGCAUCUCCAUCCUGCGCGGCGGCAACAUCGACAUCCAGAUGGGUAUGCUCAAUCACCUGAAGGACAAGAAAGACGUCGGCUUCUUUACUUCAAUUGCUGGUCUCAUGAACUCCUGUUCAGUUCUCGACUUGGACGCUUUUGAACGGAACACUAAAGCUGAAGGAUUGGGAGUCGGUUUAGAAGGUGCGGCGGGAGAGAAAAACAUGCACGAUGCUGAGUUCACUUGUGCUCUGUUCCGAUUUAUACAACUUACUUGUGAAGGUCAUAAUUUGGAGUGGCAGAAUUACCUCCGAACGCAGGCCGGCAACACCACCACGGUGAACGUGGUGAUCUGCACCGUGGACUACCUGCUGCGCCUGCAGGAGUCCAUCAUGGACUUCUACUGGCACUACUCCAGCAAGGAAUUAAUAGACCCAGCAGGAAAAGCGAAUUUCUUUAAAGCAAUUGGCGUUGCUUCGCAAGUGUUCAACACGCUCACUGAGGUCAUUCAAGGUCCUUGUACUCAGAACCAACAAGCUCUGGCACAUUCGAGAUUAUGGGACGCAGUGGGCGGUUUCCUCUUCCUGUUCUCUCACAUGCAGGACAAGUUGUCGAAGCACUCGUCUCAAGUGGACCUGCUGAAGGAGCUCCUCAACUUGCAGAAAGACAUGAUCACCAUGAUGCUGUCCAUGCUCGAGGGGAACGUUGUCAAUGGGACAAUCGGUAAACAGAUGGUGGACACACUGGUUGAAUCAGCGUCGAACGUAGAACUGAUAUUGAAGUACUUCGACAUGUUCCUGAAACUAAAGGAUUUGACAUCAAGCGCCAGUUUUAAGGAAAUUGACACUAAUAGCGACGGUUGGGUUCUACCGAAGGACUUUAAGGAGAAAAUGGAACAACAGAAGAGCUAUACUCCAGAAGAAAUCGAGUUCCUCCUAGCGUGUUGUGAAACAAAUCACGAUGGUAAAUUAGACUACGUUGGCUUCUGUGAUCGUUUCCACGAACCAGCCAAAGAAAUUGGUUUCAACCUUGCUGUUCUACUCACCAACUUAUCGGAGCACAUGCCUAACGAACCUAGAUUAGCUCGCUUCCUUGAGACUGCAGGUUCCGUGUUGAACUACUUCGAACCAUUCCUAGGCCGUAUCGAGAUUAUGGGCGGUUCCAAACGAAUAGAGCGCGUGUAUUUCGAAAUCAAGGAGUCCAACAUUGAACAGUGGGAGAAACCACAAAUUAAGGAAUCGAAGCGAGCGUUCUUCUACAGUAUCGUAACAGAAGGUGGUGAUAAGGAAAAGUUGGAAGCUUUCGUUAACUUUUGCGAGGACGCCAUCUUUGAAAUGACCCACGCGUCCGGUCUAAUGGCGGCCGGCGAUGACGCGGUCGGGGGGCCCAAGCAUCGUGAGGCCUACCACGUGUAUAUGGGCGAUGAUGAGGAAGAGAGAGCUGGAAAGGACCCAUUCCGUCGAGGUUAUCAAUCUGUGAAAGAAGGCAUCGCUGCUGCAUUUUCAUCCUUAUCACCAUCUAACAUAAAGUCUAGAAUCGCAGAUCUCCAACAGAUGCCUCCCGCGGAACUUGUCGUCGGCUUCUUUAAGCUAUUCUUUUACUUCUUCUACUACAUUGGAUACGGUUGUGUCGUUGUUUUGAGGUACGUGUGCGGAGUACUGCUGGGCCUCAUGCGCGGCCCGCAGACCGACGAGCCGCCUCCGGAACCAACGGAAGAGGAAAAAAUCGGUCCCCUUCGUCACUUACCGGCGUUACCAGUAGCGGACGAUACUGGACAAAUGCAAGUCUCUGCCUUCGGUCUGGAUAUCACUAAAGAAGACAAUGGCCAGUUACAAGUGAAGCCUCACGAGUCGCCCAGUACCUCCACUCCUUCUUCAGGCGAAGAGGCUGAAGUGUCACCCGAUGAAAGCGUUGAACACACAGAGGAACAGCAACCGCCUUCUCUUAUCGACCUCUUGGGAGGCGAGCAAGCGAAAAAACAAGAUCAAGAGCGUUUAGAAGCUCAGGCCGUUCAGCAGGCCGCCAUGUCCGCCAUCGAGGCCGAGAGCAAGAAGCAGAGCGUGGCGGGCCCCGCGCCGUCCGCGCUGGGCGCCGUGGACCUGUCGCAGUACACGCGGCGCGCCGUGUCCUUCCUGGCGCGCAACUUCUACAACCUCAAGUACGUGGCGCUCGUGCUCGCCUUCUGCAUCAACUUCGUGCUGCUCUUCUACAAGGUGUCUACAUUAGAAGUGGAACGAGGUGAGGGUUCCGGUAUCGGAGACAUUAUCAGCGGGUCGGGCUCUGGACAUGGAUCUGGUAGUGGAGAUGGUGGUAGCGGUGAGGGUGAUGAUGAUGACCCACUAGAAGUAGUGCUCAUAGAUGAAGACUUCUUCUAUAUGGAACAUGUAAUCAACGUCGCUGCUGUACUACAUUCGAUUGUGUCUCUGGCGAUAUUGAUUGGUUAUUAUCAUCUUAAGGUUCCGUUGGCUAUAUUCAAACGAGAAAAAGAAAUAGCACGUAAGCUUGAGUUUGACGGUCUGUACAUCGCGGAGCAACCUGAAGACGACGACCUCAAGAGCCAUUGGGACAAACUCGUGAUUUCUGCCAAAUCGUUCCCUGUCAACUAUUGGGAUAAGUUCAUCAAAAAGAAAGUUCGUGCGAAAUAUUCGGAGACGUAUGACUUCGACUCGAUUUCAAACAUGCUUGGAAUGGAGAAGACAUCGUUCUCUGCGCAGGAAGAUGAGGGCAGCAAGGGAUUCCUGCACUACAUCAUCAACAUCGACUGGCGCUACCAGGUGUGGAAGGCGGGCGUGACGAUCACGGACAACUCGUUCCUGUACUCGCUGUGGUACUUCAGCUUCUCGGUGAUGGGCAACUUCAACAACUUCUUCUUCGCCGCCCACCUGCUGGACGUGGCCGUGGGCUUCAAGACGCUGCGCACCAUCCUGCAGUCCGUCACCCACAACGGGAAACAGUUGGUCCUGACAGUGAUGCUGCUUACAAUCAUCGUGUACAUCUACACGGUGAUCGCGUUCAACUUCUUCCGCAAGUUCUACGUUCAAGAGGAAGAUGACGAAGUCAAUAGGAACUGUCACGAUAUGCUUACGUGCUUCGUGUUCAACCUGUACAAGGGUGUCCGCGCCGGUGGCGGCAUCGGCGACGAGCUGGAGCCGCCCGACGGAGACGACUCCGAGGUGUACCGCAUCAUCUUCGACAUCUCCUUCUUCUUCUUCGUCAUCGUCAUCCUGCUCGCCAUCCUGCAGGGUCAGUACACUCUAGAACCUUCGCUCUUGAGCUGGCCAGUGAACUCUAUCAUCGGCGACGAGCUGGAGCCGCCCGACGGAGACGACUCCGAGGUGUACCGCAUCAUCUUCGACAUCUCCUUCUUCUUCUUCGUCAUCGUCAUCCUGCUCGCCAUCCUGCAGGGUCAGUACACUCUAGAACCUUCGCUCUUGAGCUGGCCAGUGAACUCUAUCAUCGGCGACGAGCUGGAGCCGCCCGACGGAGACGACUCCGAGGUGUACCGCAUCAUCUUCGACAUCUCCUUCUUCUUCUUCGUCAUCGUCAUCCUGCUCGCCAUCCUGCAGGGUCAGUACACUCUAGAACCUUCGCUCUUGAGCUGGCCAGUGAACUCUAUCAUCGGCGACGAGCUGGAGCCGCCCGACGGAGACGACUCCGAGGUGUACCGCAUCAUCUUCGACAUCUCCUUCUUCUUCUUCGUCAUCGUCAUCCUGCUCGCCAUCCUGCAGGGUCAGUACACUCUAGAACCUUCGCUCUUGAGCUGGCCAGUGAACUCUAUCAUCGGCGACGAGCUGGAGCCGCCCGACGGAGACGACUCCGAGGUGUACCGCAUCAUCUUCGACAUCUCCUUCUUCUUCUUCGUCAUCGUCAUCCUGCUCGCCAUCCUGCAGGGUCAGUACACUCUAGAACCUUCGCUCUUGAGCUGGCCAGUGAACUCUAUCAUCGGCGACGAGCUGGAGCCGCCCGACGGAGACGACUCCGAGGUGUACCGCAUCAUCUUCGACAUCUCCUUCUUCUUCUUCGUCAUCGUCAUCCUGCUCGCCAUCCUGCAGGGUCAGUACACUCUAGAACCUUCGCUCUUGAGCUGGCCAGUGAACUCUAUCAUCGGCGACGAGCUGGAGCCGCCCGACGGAGACGACUCCGAGGUGUACCGCAUCAUCUUCGACAUCUACUUCUUCUUCUUCGUCAUCGUCAUCCUGCUCGCCAUCCUGCAGGGUCAGUACACUCUAGAACCUUCGCUCUUGAGCUGGCCAGUGAACUCUAUCAUCGGCGACGAGCUGGAGCCGCCCGACGGAGACGACUCCGAGGUGUACCGCAUCAUCUUCGACAUCUCCUUCUUCUUCUUCGUCAUCGUCAUCCUGCUCGCCAUCCUGCAGGGUCAGUACACUCUAGAACCUUCGCUCUUGAGCUGGCCAGUGAACUCUAUCAUCGGCGACGAGCUGGAGCCGCCCGACGGAGACGACUCCGAGGUGUACCGCAUCAUCUUCGACAUCUCCUUCUUCUUCUUCGUCAUCGUCAUCCUGCUCGCCAUCCUGCAGGGUUUGAUCAUCGACGCCUUCGGAGAGCUCCGUGACCAGUUGGAGUCAGUGAAGGAGGACAUGGAGUCCAACUGCUUCAUCUGCGGCAUUAAUAAAGAUUACUUUGAUAAGGUCCCGCACGGGUUCGACACCCACGUCCAGCGGGAACACAACCUCGCCAACUACAUGUUCUUCGUGAUGCAUCUCAUAAACAAACCAGACACCGAAUAUACAGGUCAAGAAACAUUCGUAUGGAACAUGUACACACAAAGAUGUUGGGACUUCUUCCCUGUGGGUGACUGCUUCAGAAAACAAUACGAAGACGUCAUGGGCGAAUAGGAAACACCAAAUAUCAGUCAAUUGUGUACCUAUCUCUUCAUAUCUGACUCUUUCAUUUAUAUAUAGAGUGAUAAGGACGACAAAUUGAUUUAAUAUUUGGUAAUGAUCUGUACAAAUGUUCUAUUAAACAUUUUAAUGUUAAAAAUUAAAGUAUCAAUUGUUGCUCAA